AUGUCCUUGCCGUCGCAUUUAGCGGCGUCGCUUCGCUGCUUGCACGCCGCUCCUUCCGCUCCCCGCCUCCCUUCCCUCCCCUCUCUCGCUUCCUCCUCAUUCCCGCGUCACUCAGUGUUUCCCUUAGUGCAUCCCCGCAAUGCACGACGAAACCCACGCUUCUCGUCUAGGCGCCAAUCCGCGCGGGUCGUGCGCGCGAGGGCGAGCGGGGUGCUUCCAGCCGACGUGGACGCGAUCAUAGCGAGGGGGCGGGAGGCGGGCGCGUUUGUGGAACACAGCGCGUGCGUGGUGCCCGGCGCGACUGACGGGCCGUUGCGCGGGCUGACGUUCGCCGUCAAGGACAUGUACGACGUGCGUGGGGGGGCGAGGGGAAGGUGGGGGGCGGUGGUGGCGGGCGUGCCAACGGGCUUCGGCAACCCCACGUGGCUGGCCACGCAUGACGUCCCGCAGGCCACCGCCCCCGUCGUGCAGGCGCUGCUAGAAGCGGGCGCCAGCGUGGUGGGCAAGGCGGCAAUGGACGAGCUGGCAUUCUCGCUGGCGGGGGAGAACGCGCACUACGGCACGCCCCUCAACCCAAAAGCCCCUCUCCGCAUCCCGGGCGGCUCCUCCUCGGGUUCCGCUGCUGCGGUGGCAGCGGGCCUGGUGGACUUCGCCCUGGGCAGCGACACAGCAGGGUCGGUGCGCAUACCCGCCAACCACUGCGGCGUGUGGGGCAUCCGCACCUCCCAUGCCCGCCUGCCGCUCACCGGCGCUCAGCCCCUGCAGCCAUCCAUGGACACCGUGGGCUGGUUUGCACGCGAUGCCUCUGUCCUUCAACGAGUCGGCUCCACUCUCUUCCACUCCCCCUCCCUUGCCCCCUCCCCCUCCUCCACUUCCUCUUCCCCAUCAUCCUCCUCCUCCUCCUCCCCCUCCUCCCUCCGCCCCUUCACCGGCUGGCUGGUGGCGGAGGACGCGUUUGAGCUAGCAGACAAAGACGCCGCCCGCGCAAUCUACGACAAGAUCUCGCCACAUAUAGACGAGAUCGCAGCAUUGCUGGGCGGGCGGCCGGAGGAGAAGCGGGUGGCGGGGGAGGAGGGCAGCGAGGUGGGAGGCGUGCACGAGUGGGUGGACGCCAUGAGGGUGCUGCAGCUGAUAGAGGUGUGUCAGUGCCACAGGCAGUGGAUCACGUUUCACCACCCUGAUUUCUACAACAGUCUCAAAUAUCACAUUCCUUCCUUUUCCUCCGCUCCCGUUCUCUCCCGUUCUCCCUCCCCCAAUCCCCCAGCUGAUGGAGGCGUGGCAGUGCCACGGGCACUGAUGGAGGCGUGGCAGUGCCACGGGCAGUGGAUCACAGCGCACCGCCCCGCCUUUGGUCCGGGAGUGGCGCAGCGCUUCCAGGCUGCCAGCGCUGUGGACCCGCAGGGGGAGGCAGUGGCGCACGCACGGGAGAAGAGAGCCGGAUUCACAUCGCACAUGGAGAGCCUCGUUGCGGGCGGCAAACUGCUCAUGCUGCCGGCCGCCCCCAGCAUAGCGCCUCUGAAGGCCGCCCCGCCUGCUGACGUGGACUCCUUCCGCGUGCGCACCCUGGCCCUCACCGUCAUUGGCGGCGCUGCCGGCCUGCCUCAGGUGACGGUGCCGCUGACAAGGCUGCAGGGGAGCCCCCUGGGGCUGGGGCUAGUGGCGGCCAGGGGGUGGGACGAGGAGCUGCUCGCCCUCGCCGUGCGCCUGCAGGCAAUCCUGGACCUUUCAGUGUGA